AUGAGCUAUCCACCGGGUUCUCUUCGCUCAUGUCACGAAGCUGAUGGUCGCAGCGACCGAUCUGGUGGUUCUGGUGGCACUGGAAGUGGUAGCGGCUGCGGAAACGUUUACGGGAGUCUCUACGGGGCCUUUAGUGAUUGUAAAUGGCACCACCAAGCCCAGCAGCAUCAACAGCAGUCCCAUCACCAGGCUCAAAAGUCGCAACAGCAACUAGAGCAGGUCCAGUCUACAUGGCAAAAAUGGGCCGCCAGUUUCGAUGCUUUACUAAGCGAUGGGGAGGGGGUGGCCCUCUUCAAAUCCUACCUCGAGUCGGAGGGCUGUGGGAACCUCCUUGAUUUCUGGUUUGCGAUUCAGGGUUUUCGCAGCAAAGUUGACCCCUCUGACCGCAAGAAGAUCCUACAACUUAUCAAGGUUAUUUAUCAAACCUACAUUCGCGGCUCCGCUUCCGCUUCUGCCUCUGCCUCGUCAAGCGGAGUCCCGCCUCCCUCCGCUACCACCGCAUCUCGCAGUCGACGUAAUCAUACCCCCGUCCGUUUGCGUCCAGAAACCCGCCGUUCAAUCGCGGAUCGUCUAGCGCACAAGAGCUCCCUGGACCAGACCGUCUUUGAUGAAGCCCAAGCUGAAGUUGGUCACCUUCUCCGCACCACGGCGUAUCAAGCCUUCCUCAAAUCGGAAGCUUUUAUCGCACACAUUCAACAGGGUGGUCUGGGACCAAAGCCUGCUUUGAUGUGCUCGGAGGAUGAAUUCGCCCGUCAUACCGCCUAUCUACCCACAGUGGAGGAGGAUAGAGAGUUGGGACAGGCGCCGCUGCCUCUGAGAGGUAGCUCUACACCUGCCACCUACCAUUACUUCUGUGGACCUCCGAUGCUGCAACAACAGUGUGCAUGUCAGAGUGGGAAUCCCUGGGGAGUGACCUACUAUCCUCCACCCACGCCACAGACCUGCUAUCCUCCAGCGCCAUUAACACAGGAGAAUAUUCAGAUGACGCGUUUUCAGAGGGCUGAACUGCCCGUGCCUCAACACCUCGCCUGCUGUCCUCACUGCCAAACGCCCCUCCCACAACAGCAGCAAAUUCCGGGACCCAGUAACCCCCUAUCACCAACACAACAUAAAUCUAUGGGAAGAAUGACUGGGGCCGGCCAGAGGAAGUGGAUGGAUGCUGUUUGUCCCAAGUACGAGUACUGCUCGCCUCCGCUGGCACCGCAAGGGGGAUUUGCGCGGGCACCUCCCAAUCCCUACCACGUCUCUUUUGCUCCGGUCUCCAUGCAAGACUCGGAGCAUCACAGCCUCUCUAGUGGCGCUCACACGGAGGAAAAUCUCUCCCACAUCGAUGGCGCGUGUGAUGAAGCACGCGCCCGAAUGCAUCUCUCAUCUAUCCGUCACACAACUCGAAUAUCUACUAAUUACCCCGUCUUUGGGACAUCCACGACUACCACUCCAGCCGCCGUCAUUACUUCCGGCGGCGGUGGUGGUGGCGGCAGUGCAUUGGGUCAUAAGCACAAAAGGGGCGUCAGUUCUUCGCGGAGAGCUGCUGCAAACGGUGCUUCGACUGCUGCUGCUGGUGCCGCUGCCACCAGUAAGACGGCGACGUUGAGGGACCAGAAUAUGGCCGAGUUGGAUCCCUCGGGCUUUGCUCGACUCCUCAAUGAACGCCUUCAACGCGUAGUGGAAGACAGAGCUGCUAUGGAAAGACUUGAACGGCUUAUGUCGGAGGUCGGAAAUGACGAGGAAGGAGAAGAAACCACAGAGAUUCCGGACACGGGUCAAGAGAAGGAGGCCUCUACGAAGACCACGGAAGCUGUGAAGGUUGAGCCAAAGACAGAGACAGAGAUAGCUUCAGCUUCGAAGACGCAGCAACCGCAGCCGCUGCUGACCACCGCGGAGAGUGAAGAAUGCAGCAUCUCCAAGGCAAUGGCUAAUCUCAGUGUUGCGUCGACAUCGACAACAACAACAACGACUACCACAACAGCAACAGUAUCAACGAAGCCUUCGGUUCUUCAGCGACCAUGGGCCGAUCGUCUACUGGCUGCUGCAAGGGUUCAGCAUGCACAACAAGGCGAUAAUGCUCAGGCUAUUCUUGAGGAUCACUGUUCUCGCAUCUGGGACACAUCAGCCGAUCGGACACCAACAAGUAGUAGUGGCAGUGGAGGUGAUGGGCAUGGUGCAUCCGCCUUACGACCUCGUUUAGAUGCUGUCGGAAAGUCAUCUGGAAAGAUUGUGGAGACCUCAAGGCAAGCGACAACAGGAGGAGGAGGAGAGGAAGAAGAGGUUGAGGAUGAUUGUAUCCACCCUCCACUGCUUCAGGAGUCCUCCUCUCCACCCAGUGCCACCACAACCACGACCACCAACUCUUCCACACGAUUCGACUUCCACCAACAGGUUAAUGAGAGCCAACUGGUUGAUGUAAACACGAUGCGACUGCAAGCACGGUGUACCGCAUCGCCAACAGCACCUUCAACUACUGGUGGUGGUGGCAGUGUUGGAAGUGGAGGUAGCAGUGGCAGUGGUGGAUUGGUUGUCGGCUACUACCUCUGCGACGAUCCAGUUCCCUAUCGCAGUCAGUGGCCGUCAAACGUUAUCACUCUGGGACAAUUCAAACACCUCGUGCCCAAGAAGGGUCUUUUUCGAUUCUUUUUCAAGACCACUUCCGACGAGUUUGACUCGGGUGUGGUGCAUCAAGAGAUCUCCAACGAUGACGCUGUUCUGCCCCUAUGGGAGGGUAAAGUAGUCGCCAAGGUGGAGCGUGUGGAGCAGUAG